GUUAUCUUCCGAUCCGCGUCAUACCACUUUGAGGAGAGGAGACGAAUUCGUGAGGCGUAUCGCAAUCUGCCAGGUCGUAUCCGUGUUGUGUUCGCACUGGGUCAACCGCGCGCAGAUGUGGCAGGCAAUCUGUUCCACAUGAACGGCGGCUUCGACAUUCGAUUGCCAGAGAAGGCGGGUUCCAAGGCUGUGGAGUGGGCACGGCGGGCAACCGAGGCUCGAGAGAGAGCGUUGGUGGAGGCAGAUGAGUUCGGUGACAUGAUCAUUGGUGACUACGUGGAUACCUACGUGAACCUGACCUACAAACUUAUAGCGAGCCAUCGGUGGGCUUCUGCAUUUUGCCAAGAUAAAUCCGACGUCUUUCUAUUUAUUGACGACGACUACGAGUUCAACGCGAAGAACGUGCUUAAUUACCUGAACAGUCUGACGAAAUUCGAGCGUCGCCAGCUGCUCAGUGGAUCCCUAAUGACGUGGCGGCGUGUGAUUCGUCCGUUUAAGGAUGCCAGUCGAAAUAAGUGGGCUGUGACUCGAUAUGAGGUUCCGUGGUCGCGUUUCCCACCGUUCGCAUGGGGAACGGCGACGUUUGUCGGUGCGGAUGUACUCAGGGAGCUGGUCGUAGCCGAAGCCUACACGCGCUUUCUGUGGUUGGACGAUGCGUUCAUGGGCUUUGUCGCAGCUAAAUUGCCACAUCUGCAUUUCCAAAGCAUGAAGGGCUUCUAUCUCGAAUCCACCAAUAACCAGAAAGCUCUCAUUACUCAUAUACCCUUCAGCCGUUUUCGGCUAAUCUGCCUUGAGGGUGAAGAACUCUCUGCUGCUAGUUGA